CACACGCAACCAUCCCUCUGCUCCUCUACUUCUCCAUCUUUCGCACACGAACCAACAAAACUCAACCAAAAACCAAACACUUCAACCCAGUUUCGAAAUGCCUCCAAAAGCUGCUGAGAAGAAGCCCACCACCGCCGGAAAGGCACCGGCCGGAAAGGCCCCUGAGAAGAAGGAGGCUGGAAAGAAGACCGCUGCCGCCAGUGGCGAGAAGAAGAAGCGCUCCAAGACCAGAAAGGAGACUUACUCUUCAUACAUCUACAAGGUUUUGAAGCAGGUCCACCCUGACACCGGUAUUUCCAACCGUGCUAUGUCCAUUCUCAACUCCUUCGUCAAUGAUAUUUUCGAGCGUGUUGCGACUGAGGCCUCGAAGCUUGCUGCAUAUAACAAGAAGUCUACCAUUUCUUCUCGCGAGAUCCAGACUUCUGUCCGCUUGAUCCUCCCCGGUGAGCUUGCCAAGCACGCCGUUUCUGAGGGCACCAAGGCCGUCACCAAGUACUCUUCCUCUACCAAAUAAAUUGUUCAACUAGGCAUUAUCAUACAAUGGGAAACCUUUUUACUUCUGGGCUUAUCCUUUCACUUCUUUUCUCACUUGCAUCUGUCGAAGGUAUUGGGGGGAAGGGAUUUGAAAGGCUAGGAGCGGCUCUCUGUUUUCUUGUCUAAUUAUACUUUUUUCUUUUUUUCCAAAGUGGGGUCUUUGGCAAUCGGUUUUUUCUCUUAUCUUUCUGGGGGCAUGUUUUGUCUUCAAUGGUUUUUUGUUUUUCGGGGUCAUGCGUUCUGUACAUUAACGAAAUGCCGGUUACUGGGUUCUUCUGAA